GCUGGUGCAAAACGCAAAGUGUGUCAUUCGCAUCGCUACAAAUAAUCCAUUUCUAACACUUUCAGCUUUCAGCGCUUUCCCAAUUGAAAUUUUGACUUUUCAAAAUCUUCUUUUUGCGCGCAUCACAUUAUCGGAUUUUUUAUCAUUGGACUGGUUGUCAGGUUGUGCCUUUAUCCACUGCACCAUGCCUCCACCACCACCGCGUCCUCCCCCCGGACCACCCCCACCUCCUGGUCCCCCACCGCCCCCCUCCGCUGGCGCUCCGCCGGUCGCCAAGCCUGCCGCCGCAUCCACAGACCGAGCGAUGGUAAUGGCGGAUAUCCGAAAAGGCGCCAGACUGAAGAAAGUCGACAGGAGCGAAAUCAAGGAUCGCAGUGCGCCAGCCGUGGCAGGCUCGGCUUCGUCAGCCUCUGGCUCAUCCGGUGAUUCAGCCUCCACCGGAAGUUCCCGCGGACCGCCCCCGGCGGCGGGCACGGGGACCGCGGCGCGGCGACCAGCGGGCGGCUCGCCCAUGUCCCUGCAGGAUGAACUGCAGCGCAAACUGGGCAAACGCAACGGACCACAGGCGGAAAAAGUCAGUCCAUCCGAUGAAUCACUCCCAUCACCACCCCAGUUCAUACCGCCCGCACCGGCAGCCGGUUUCUCCAAACCCAACCGCGCGCCCAGCAUCCCCACGGCGGCGCCCCCGGUGCCCCGCCUCAGCCCCAACACCCCGCCGGCCCCUCCGCCAGCCUCCAGCAAACCCAGUUUUCUCGACAUCCGCCAGCUGCCCAACCAGGACAGUCCCGUCACCCCUAAACCGGCUCCCACGCCCAAACCCCCGCAAUUCAACAACAACGGUCUCAACUACAACAAUGGUGGAUCACAGACAUUGCACAUUCAACGCCCCUCCGACCGGAAACCCAUCCCCAGCAUGAUGGCCACCGUGCCGCCGCAGAAACCGAAAAAUCCCCCGCCGCCGCUGCCCAGCAAUCCACCACCGAGAAUCAGCUCCACCAUGCCGCGGCCGGUCAAACACCAGCGUCCCUCGCUGCCGACGGACAGUAUGGCAGUAUCGGGCGGGGAUUCCAGCCCUCCAGCGCCGCGUGUUCCUGAACGGAUGCCCAGUCAACGUGGCGGACAACGGCCGGCCACUGGGCCGCCGCCGCCCCCACCUCCCGGCAGCCAGGUGGAUGGGUUGGUGGUCAAUGUGCAGCAGAAACCCCCACCACCCUCGCGGCCCCCGGUGAUGGGCAAGACCCCGCAGCCGCCGGUCGGCCCGAUGGCCCCGGUGCCCGUGACGAUGUCGCACAGUUCUUCAUUGAGUUCCCUGCCGGGACACAACAACGGGAGUGUACGCCCACCGCGGCGUACGGAUAAUCACGAGGGUAUAGUGGAAAAUGGCAAGGGGACGUUGCGCGGCGCCCCGGCCCCGCCGGUGCCCGUGGGAGGGCGGUCGCCGCGCGGAUCGGCUGCGGCCCUGAUUGCUCAAGAAUUUGAAGCGAAAUUCCAAUUCCACGCCAUCAGCGAGCUACCAGCACCCGGGAGGUUCUCCGGAAUGCCCAAGACCUACCCGUCAACCAAGAGCCGCACCCCGCGGCCCGUCGCGCCGGCUCCUCCUGUCGUCGGGCAGGUCCGAUAAAUGUGGAUUUAAUAGUUGGGGAUUUUUUUCGUUUCUCUUUUUCCUUUUUUUUACGGUGCAAGGAUAGUGUUUUUUUACGGAUUUUUGAUAUUUUCGCGCCUUACGGUGAGGAAAUGUGUCGACGGCAGCCACGUACAGUUUAUCGGGCGAUUAUUGUGUUUUUGUGAAAUUUUUAUCCUGUAUUUACGUGUCAAUGUGGUUUAACAUCCGCUGGCUUUACAGAUUGUUUACACUGGAUGAAUUUGUAGUUUAUAUCGUAGGUUUUGUAUGCUUUUCUAUAUUGUAAAAUGAAUGAAAAAUUAUUGGAUUA